GCCAGGGCGGACAGCUGCCUGUGGAAAGUGUGUGUGUGUGUGUGUGUGUGUGCACGGGCUGUGCGCUGGGGUCCUCGGCAAGGGGAGGCCCCUGUGCGCACCGGCCGGGAGAGCAGCGGCGGCUGCGGCGCGCAUGUCUCCGGGCCCGCGGAGAGCCAGCGGGGCGCGGCAGCACCGAGGGAGACCUCGGAGGUGCUGGGAGGCAUGGACUGUGAGCACACAACAGUUCCUCAGGUCACCAUUCACGGUAGUCAGCCCUGCAGCAAUCUAGCUGUGCCUUAACCUGGCAAAGGAAAAGGGUAGGAUCGGACAGAUCGAGGAUUGUCCAUGAGUGAAGGGCCUUGUCAGUCAUUGGCAAGCAGGGUGAGGACAGCAUGAUGGUGGACAGUCCUGCAGAAUGUGGCCAGGGAAGGGCGGAGUUUGGCAGAGUCUUUGCUGGUUUUGUAUCCACAGAGCUGGCAGCAGUGGCAGAAAUCAGCAAGCUUGCUCCUGUACUGAGAGACCGCAAGCCCAUGGCAGCUGCUGGUGCCACCACUCUGAUCUGCGGGGACUGUGGCAAGAGCUUUGCCAGGAAGUCGGACUUCAAAGUGCACCAGCGGAUCCAUACAGGCGAGAGGCCCUACAAGUGCUCCUACUGCAGCAAGGGCUUCUACCAGGCCUCUAUGGUGCGGCGGCACGAACGCACACACACUGGCGAGAAGCCCUACCGCUGCUCUGUGUGCGAUAAGUCCUUCGCCCGCUCCACCUCGUUGCUGAUCCAUCAGAACACGCACACUGGCGACCGGCCAUACGAGUGUCCCUUCUGUGAGAAGACCUUCUCUGACCCCUCCACCCUGCUCCAGCAUCGCAAGAUGCACAUGGGCCUCAAGCCCUUCCAUUGUGGCAUCUGCAACAAGUCCUUCAGCCAGUCAUCCAGCUUCACCUUCCACCGGGCUACUCACACCAAUGAUCGCCCCUUUGUCUGCUCCGAGUGCGGCAAGGCCUUCAUCCGCUCCACUGCCCUGCUCAAGCACCGGCAGACCCAUGUCCAGAAGGCCUUUCGCUGUGGGGAGUGUGGCAAGGUUUUCCCCAAGCUUUCAGGCCUCCGCUCCCACCAGCGGAUGCAUGCCCAAGGCCACCGGAUAGAGAUGGAGUUGCGGGAAGAGGAGCAGAACCACUGGAAUGUUCCCACACUGAGGUUCCAAGCCUAUGACCCUCUGCCCCAGGACUGUCCCCUCCCCAGCUUGGCUGUGCAGCUGGAAUCCUAGUACUGUAUAUUCAACCCUGCCCAGUUUCACAUAGCUGUAGUUGGGUAUUGGAGAUAUUGCCAAUGAAAAUGUUAUGUAUGCAGGUCCAAAUUCCUGUCCAUCCCAUACAGACCUGCUGAUAUUCCACUUUCUAGUACCUGUCCUUCACAACAGACCAGAAUUCUUGUCCAUAUCACAUAGACUGGCCACCUUGCUUCCUAUCAUACCUCUCACUUGUCCCACCUUUCAGAGCUGAAUCUCUCUCCAUCCUGCUGCAGUUACCUCACUUUCUCAGCCUAUGACCUCAUGCAGUCUGAUAAGCUAGGUGGAUCAUGCUGGGCCAGAACUUCAAUGGGAGACUUCCAGGGAAAGCACAGGUAAGGGAGGAAGAGGAUUUUGGUGAUUUCAUCUGGCAUUUUUCCCUCCAAGUCAGUACUGAACUAACUAACCUUGGUAUUAGGGGCACUGAGCCUCCAACCUAGUGUGGGCAUUAAAGGCUCCAAGGCACUUUUUGCAACAGUAGAAAUGUUAUCAAGAAUGUCCUGGCCAAAAGGUGGAAGUUACCAUACCAACUCUAAGAGGCUAAUUAGUUGGUAUGGCAACUUCCACCUUUUCAUGUUCUCUAUAUGUAUAUAGAUCUUCUUACUAUAUGUUCCAUUCUACGCAUCUGAUGAAGCGGGCUGUAGCCCACGAAAGCUUAUGCUCAAAUAAAUUUGUUAGUCUCUAAGGUGCCACAAGUACUCCUGUUUAUUAAUAAGACUGGGACUUUUCAGCUUGGAAAAGAGAUGGCUAAGGGGAGAUAUGAUUGAGGUCUAUAAAAUUAUGACUGUUGUAGAGAAAGUAGAUAAGGAAGUGUUGUUUACUACUACUCAUAACACAAGAACUAGGGGUCACCAAUGAAAUUAAUAGGCAACAGUUUUAAAACAAAUAAAAGGAAGUAUUUCUUUACACAACGCACAGUCAACCUGUGGAACUCCUUGUCAGAGGAUGUUGUAAAGGCCAAGACCAUAACAGGGUUCAAAAAAGAACUAGAUAAAUUCAUGGAGGAUAGGUCCAUCAAUGGCUAUUAGCCGGGAUGGGCAGGAAUGGUAUCCCCUAGCCUCUUUUCCAGAAGCUGGGAAUGAGCAACAGGGGUGGAUCACUUGAUGAUUACCUGUUCUGUUCAUUCCCUCUGGGGCACCUGGCACUGGACACUGUCGGAAGACAGGAUACUAGGCUAGAUGGACCUUUGGUCUGACCCAGUAGGGCCAUUCUUAUGUUCCAUCCCAGACAGAUCUGCUGUUAUCUCACUGGAAGCCUGAUUCUAAAGUGUUAUGUUCAUCCAAGUAGGGAACAGAAACAUGCCAUAAGCCCUAUUUCAGAAAAAGCUGUCCAGAUGUUUUUCCCCUUUUUCUCCUCCAUCAACGUUUUGACCAAAAAAAAUCAGAAAAUUUCAACCAACUUUUAAAAUGACUGAUCAGGAAUUGAUUGCCCAGCUCUGCCAUUUGUGUCUCAGUAUGGACCCUUCUCUCUGUCCAUCUCUCACAGAUCAAUGGGAGGAGGAAGGUAAAUAGAGGAGAGGGGAUGUGCAGAAAGGGCUGGUUAGGUAUAAAAGAAAGGAGUGAUGUUUUAUUGAACCAAGGGUGCGGAUGCUGUCGGAACUCCAGCUUCCCCUUUUCACCCACUGGGAUGGGAGGAGCUAAAUACAAUGCAGCUUCAAUGCCUAGAGCGGAAAGUUGGGUGUGAGGAGGUGAAAAGAGACCUGAAUCAGAGGGUGGGUUGGGAGGUCUUGAUCACGGUCUAUGCUGCAGAAUUUGAAAACAGCUGCUACAGGGGAGUCCUCCCAUAACUAGGUCAUUUGUUUCCCCACAAAGCAAUUUUCCUGUAACUUCUGCAUAAGUGGAGGGUCACUGUCACCAGAAUUCCCGUUUGCACACUGGAAUUCAUGGGAACAAAGCAAGACUUUCAUUCUACUUCACAACAUGAGGGGUGGCUUGCAAAAUGCCAAUUCCUUGUGAGCAGUUGUCACUAUAUUACUGAAAUCUGCUUCUCCCUGGUGUAAUGGGAUAAGCAAGGGGGCAACACUUGCCUAUGGGGAGGUGGAGCAGUUCCAGGCUUCUCACCUUUAACAUAGUACCAGCCCCUUUCUUUUCAGCUUAGCUCUAAAGAAAUCAAGCACCAACUUCUAGCCCUGCUCUUAUCAGCUCCAAGGUCUCUGUGCUCCCUUUAUGCCUGCUGAGGACCAGUCCCCACUCUCUCAAGUGUUUGAAUCACUGGUGGUAGACAAUGGCAGGCGUGUUUCAAUCCAGCAGAGACCUUCCUCUUUUUACAAUUUCAACAUGGCCAGCAAAGAGGCUGCCUCUCUCCUAGUGUUCUGCACUCAACUUGCUGUCUCUGAAACCACUCGGAGCCCAUUCAACCUGCAGCCCUGCCAAUCUCAUUUGGACCACACAGCACCCUCUCACCCAAUGCUAGGAGUCUGCUGGGCAGUCUCUGGUGCCACUUGGACCCCUCCAGUUUGUUGUAAAGGGUCCUUCUAGAUUAGCAUGAUGAUGAAUUCCUGCCAUUUCUCUGGAAACUGUUUUUCCAAGUGCUCCCAAUUCAAGUUUCGUUCUUCUUUGAAACCAGAAGAAAUCUCCCAUCCUGAAAAACGUUCAGCCUGGGAGUCCAGGAUGAUGCCCGUGUUAUCAUGAGCUCUUUGUAUUUUGCACCUGUUUUUUCCUUUUCUUCUUCUGGGGAGAAGAGAAAAGAGUUGAACACAGACUGUAAUUUACUGAAACCCAAUGGGAGAGAGGGGUGUCUCCUCAUCAAAUCCUCCUCCUCUCUUGCAGCAAGAGGUGGCUCAGAUAAAGCAGCUUUGAUGGAUAUGGGGGAGAGAGAAAUAUUACCUGGUAAAUGGUUUUCUUCAUCUCAUCAGUACCCACCCCACCCCCGUUUGGAACUGAGCAAGUGAUAGGGAGGAACAGUAACAUAUUUGUUCCAAGAUGAUCUACUGAGGCUGCAGAAUUUAGAGGGUGUGAAAUGUCCAAACAGAUGUGGUAGAUCAAAGGUUAGGCAGCAGCAACAAAUGGGAUCCAUUAUAGACCCACUUGUGAGAUUUCUGAGACUCCAAACUGCUAGAGGUGUGCUGGCAGUGGUAAGGAAGAGAAAUCAGCCUAUACAUUUCAUCCUCUUCUAGUCCUGCUUCCAGGGUCUCUGGCCUGGCAGUGAUUGCCUCCCACUCUAGUCUUGCUGGCAGGAAGGUGGGGGCAUGGAAUAGGCUGUGGGCUGACAAGUAGCCACAGCUGACCUGUAUGACUCUGCAUGAUCACUACCAUUGCUUGGGCCUGAUCAUGUUAUCAGCAACUUUGGAAGAGUCCAUAUUUAUUGUAAUACACAAUUACACGGGAACAGAACAUUUCCUGAGGAUACUGCUAUCGAGAACCUAAGCACUGCGGAGCAGGCAAGUAGCGAAGACACUGCCACCUCAUUGUGAUGAAACAAAAUCUCUGUUACUAAUCCUGUCUCUUCUCUAGCCAGAAUAAAACAUUCAGUUUGUGAUUAAAAAACCCUUCUGUGUCUAUCUAAACUUCAAGUGUCCUGACGGCUAAACUGAGCAACAUGAAAGCGUGGUGCCAGACCUGGGGUGGGGUGCAGUUACUGAGACCCUUCUGCUUCCCUGGGUGCUGGAAUUCAAACCCCAGCACAGAGGGGACUUGAGUGCCAGAUUUUGAUUGGCAGGGCGAUGGAACCUUGCUGGUCCUGAUGUAUGUGGUUCUCUAUGAACAUGCAGUGUACAGGGACAUGUAUAUACAGUAGUGUGCUUUCUGACCCACAUGGCUGUAUGCAUACAUAUACCAGUGCCUAGAGGUAGGGCAUAGUCUGUGAUAUGUGCGUAAGGGCACGCUGGAGGUAUGUGCACAAGUGUAUAUAGUGAAGUUAAAUGGCCUGUGGCAUACAGGAGGUUUGACUAGAGCAGGGGUGGGCAAACUUUUUGGCCCA